UCUUGGAAAAUUAGUACCCUAAUUUUGACCUCUUAAAAUUUGGUCUUUUUCCCUCACCCACCCUUAAAUCAUGCCUAAACCUUUUUGUUUUGUAUUAUAAAUUAUAACCAAUAUCUAUAAAGUGGAUAUCCAACACCAUACCCACUUCCACUCCCUUAUAUAAUUUCCUCAUCUAAACCCCAUUAUUUUCCUCCAUUUUUUUUUAACAAAAUGGGUAAUACGUUAGGACUCGGAGGAAAAAAAACAGCAAAAAUUAUGAAAAUAAAUGGGGAAACAAUUAAAUUUAAAACCCCAAUUCAAGCUAAAGAGGUAGUUAAAGACUAUCCGGGUCAUGUCGUGUUGGAUUCGGAUUCGGUUAAACAUUAUGGUAUUCGGGCUAAACCACUUGAACCAUUUCAAAAUUUAGAGCCUAAAAGGCUUUAUUUUCUAGUAGAAUUACCCAAGUUUCCUAAUGAUCACCAUCACCGAACCCCUAGACGGGUUCGGUCUGGUAUUCAUAUGUCCGCUAAAGACCGUCUUGAAAGUUUAAUGCUUUCAAGGCGGUCUGUAUCGGACUUAUCUAUAAUGGGACCCGCUACUAGAGUAGUGGUUGAUGGGUUUGGGUCCGGGUCUGGGUCUGGAUCUCAAGAAAUUAGUGAUGGAGGUGUGAAUUCGUCGGGGUUACGAGUGAGAAUGAAGCUACCGAAAGCGGAGGUAGAGAAGUUGAUGAAUCAAAAUAUGGAUGAAGAUGAAGUUGCGAGUAAGAUUGUGGAUUUGUGUUUACGAAAAAAUGGUCAAAAUUCUAUGAAUAGUAAUGGAAAUGGGAAUGGGAAUGGGAAUGGGAAAGGGAAAGAAUUACAUACUAAUAAUGUAAUGUUGGAUCAACCGUUUGUUCGUGGGAACACCGGAGGUUAUAACAAGCGAGUAGGAUUUUCAAUUCGUGAAGGAGAAAUGGGAGUGGUUGCUUCAUGAAGCAUGAUAAAUCAAGAUCAAUGAUCAAAAGGUCAAGGUUUCAUGAUCAAAAAUCUCCAUCGCAUUACUUUAGGCUUUAGCUACACCCAAAAACUAGAAAAUGAAUUACUAAAUCUUGUAUUCAGCAUUUAAGAUUAUGUUGUAUAUUAUAUUAUAUUCUACGAAAAUAUUUUAUUUUUAUUUUAUUUGCUGAGAUUUUUAAUUUUUUUUUUAUUCGGAGUAGGUUAGAAAUUUUUAUAGACUAUAGAUUGGAGUAUGAAGAAUUCAUCUUUUAUUUAGAUGAUGAGAAUUCAACUUAAACCCGUCACAGUAAUGAAAAGAAAAGUUUUCAAUCACUAAGCUUAUGUAUAAUUGUCCGAAAUUUUUUAUGUUAAAAACUAUAUUUGGAUAGUGUUAAAAUGUUUGGUAAUGAAUCAA